CUUACCUUAGUGUGGUAUAAACUGGGUGUGGGCUUGUCCUGACCUUGUCUUUAAGGUCGGCCGUACCCAAAUUUAAUAGUUUUGUCCCCUCGUCCCCCUUCUCUGCUGCGCUGUUUUGCUAUUCGACAUCAAACGUCCCGAAACCCCAUCAUGACUGGCUGGACGUACAACACGCCUGACGAUGUACCGACUGAUGGACCACGAAUAACGGCGGUUUGUCUGACUUUUACAAUCAUUGCGCUCUUGUUGGUCUGUUUGCGAUGGUAUGUUCGGACAACGCUGGUCAAGGCUGUUGGCUACGAUGACUGGGUGAUCAUCGUCUCCUGGCUUGGAGCUUGCGGCUACACGGUUUGCAGUGUCAUUCAGACAAAAUGGGGCCUGGGCAUCACUAGACUUGAGGAUAUGCCUCCACAAAACGUGCUCCCCUUUGGAAAACUUCAAUUUAUUGGCGGCCCAUUCUACGUCCUCGGCAUCUGGGGCUUCAAGAUGAGCUUGCUAUUCUCCUAUCUUCGAUUCUUCCCUGCCGGUGGCUACAAGAUUGGCACCAUUAUCGUCGCGGUAGCUUGUACAAUGGGACAUAUUGCCUUCAUGUGCGUCUUCAUCUUCUUGUGCACGCCGAUCGAAAAACAAUACGAUCCGUCGAUUCCAGCAGACGUAGGCCACUGCGUAGACGCAAUCACAUUCUACCUAACCUUCUCGUCCUUAACCAUCGUUUUUGACGUAAUCAUAAUGUUCCUCCCCUUCCCCGUAAUCCUCAAAUCCCAAAUCCAAAAACGCAAGAAAAUCGUCCUCCUCGCGCUCUUCAUCCUCGGCAUCUUCGUCACAAUCAUCCAAGCCAUCCGAAUCCAAACCAUAAAAAGCCUCGUAAACUACCUCGACUCGGCAAAAUCCAUUCAAUGGUCCGUCGUCGAAACCUGCAUCGGCAUCAUCAUCUCGUGCGUGCCCACGCUGGCCCCGAUGGUCAAGUACUUUGCCGAGCGGAGCCGCAAUGCAGGCAGCACCGCCGGCGGCGGCGGCGGCGGCGCUUCACGACCAAAGAGCUCAAAAUACGCGCUGCAGACGUGGGGUACGAGGCGGAGCGGGAUGCAGCCGCUGGGGGCGGGGAUGGAUGAUGAUCGGGACGGCAGUUUGACGACGAAGCCGGAGGAUAGUACGGAGAAUAUACUCGACCCGAGUAGUAUUGUCAGCAAGAGUAGGACAUUGCAUGCUGCGACGCCGAGUGAACCCGAGUCGUGGUCGGAUCCGACGGAUAAGGAGAGGAAGCAGGAUGUAUGAGGACAGCAUACAUGGGGGCUGGAGGACAGAGGCAUUGAUAUGAUACCAUUUUUUGAACUAUUCAGAGCGAACUAGCAAGCGUACAUUAUUGUCUAGCCUUGUAAAGCAUAACAAGGGGUUGGAAGGAGUUCUACCUUCAAGAACCCCCUUUUCUUCAACCACG